AAUGACUCCUCUAAUGUUUAUUGGCUAUGUGACAUGUCUGAUCCUGGAUACUUUGGCUCAUUUGGAAGCUCAGACACCGUCUCCGUCUUUGAAUUUUGAAUCGGUCAACAUCGGCUCAAGUGUGACUUUAAAGUGUUUCCAUAAAGAAACUGAUGGAGUGAUUUUCUACUGGUAUAAACACACUCCAGGACAGAAACCACAGCUGAUGUCAGAGUUUUAUACAUAUAAGACAAAUGGCUCACUUAAGGGUGAAUUCUGGAAUGAUCCACGAUUUGAGCUGGAAACAGGCAAAAAUAAAAACCACUUGAGGAUCUCCAAUCUGCAAAUGUCAGACUCUGCUACUUACUACUGUGCAGCAGUUGAUACAUAUCUGUAUACAUUUCUAGAGGGCAUUACAGUCCAUGUAAAAGAAUCAAAUCUGAACAUUUGGACCUUGGUCGAUCAGUCCAGAUCUGAGAUCAUCCAGCCAGGCAGUUCUGUGACUCUGAAGUGUACAGUACAAAGUGGGACCUGUGAUGGGGAACACAGAGUUUUCUGGUUCAGAAACUCUGAAGAACACCUUUCAGAGAUCAUUUACACCAAUGGAGCCAGUGAUGACCAGUGUAAGAAGAAGCCAACCACACAGGCACACAGCUGUGUGUACAGCCUCACCAUAGAGAGUCUGAACAUGUCCAGUGCCGGGACCUACCACUGUGCUGUUGCCUCAUGUGGACACAUUCUGUUUGGAAAGGGGAUGAAUCUGGACUAUGAGAAAAAGUCUGACUCCCCCGUCAUGCUGUACGCCUUGAGUGGAGCUUUAGCAUUCAGCAUCAUCAUGGUGGUAAUUCUGGCUACAAAUGCAGAUGAGUCCAACGAUGUACACAAUCUCCAUCAUGCUGCCUUAAGAAGUAGUAAAAUAAGCAGCUCAAGAGGGAAGAGGGAGGCCACUAGUGAAGUUGUGUACUCCAGUGUUGGGCCUCAGAACUGAAGUUGCUUCUUUGUGUUGUUAGGCUAACGUCUCAGGUAGAAACUCUUUGUUAAGCUUUUGACCAAAACAUAAAAAUUCCUAUUCAUUUAGUUGUAAUUAAGCUUCACCUGUUAGAAAUGGCCAAAGUAACUCCAUCUCC